CACUGUCUGUGCUUUAUAUCGCCGUGCCAGCCUUUUUUUUUUUCAGAGCGACGGAAAGAGAGAGGGAGAGCGAGAGAGAGAGAGAGAGAAACAGAGAGAGCUUAUAUAACACCAGCUCUGGGAAAUGCUGGAGAGCCGAGGAGACCUUCACUGGACAGUAAGCGGGGAAAACAGCGAUCAUAUCGGCCAUAAACUGAUAAGUGACGGCGCGACGCAAGGAUGCCGGGCGCACCGCUCCGCCGCCGAAGCUUCCCCCCCAAGGAUCAUCCUGGAGUCAGUGGCCGCAGCCUUGGAUAUUAAAUCCCUCUGUUGUGACACAUCCAUUGUUCCACUGCUGCUAUCGGGCUGUAUUGACCAAGGACCAAGACACAAUGUCUGCAACACCGCCAGAUGCUGCAGGUCUUUCCAAGAUUAUGAAGUUGUAAGUAGGUUACAGAUCUCCCCCACUCCUAAUCCAUGAAAUGGCCUUCCACUAAGGUGACAGACAGGACGCAGAAUGGUGGCGCCCCUCUACAGACUGCACUGCCUCUUGAAGCGGGCUCAGAUGCUGCUCCUCUGCCUGGGCAUCGCCUAUCUGAUGGCCGGCAGCAUCCUGCUCCUGCAGCGCUCCAGCGUCAGGGUGGCCCAGCCAAACCUGGCCGGCCUGCCGCCGCUGCUGUCCCUCGCAGCGCCGCCCACCGCCCUCAGGACCGCGGGCCUUGGCGUGAGGGCGCGCUCCAGAUGGGCCGCCGUUCAGCCAGUGUCCGGAGGGGGAGCCAAGGCGGGGCGACACUGGCCUGCUUCCCAAAGCCUCGGGGUCCAACACUUGCAUCGUCGCUGGUUUCACAGUCUGCUGCCGGAGAGUCCAGAGCAGAGGGUGUCCCUCCACAGGAGCAGCAGACAUAAAGGAACCUACAUCGGCUGCUUCCUGCACAACGCCAGCGAUCGGGCCUUGGGAGGAACCAUGCUUUAUGACCUGCGCAAAAUGACCAGUUCUCUGUGUCAAGACACCUGCUCGGAAAGUGGGUACCAGUUUGCAGGUCUGGAGUACGGAGCCGAAUGCCACUGUGGGAACCGGAUCAGCAGUCCGCGGGCUCCUGAGGAGGAUUGUAGUCUGGUGUGUCGGGGUGAGAGGGGGUCUCCCUGUGGCGGCGUGGGCCGCCUCUCCAUUUACAAGGUGGAGGAGCAGCUGCCAGGUCACAGAAAAUUCAGAAACGUUCACUACCGCGGCUGCUUCAAGAUGCCGAAGAACACCAUCAGCACCUUCCCCACCUACUCCCUCCAGCCCAACCUGACCACGCAAUCCUGCAUCGAGACCUGCACAGAUAAGGAGCUCCCGCUGGCUGUGUUCAGGAAGCCCCACUGUUUCUGUACGUGGACUUCUUCUCUUUUCAGCCUCAACCAGCAGUCAGACAACCAGCAGUGCGCCGGGAACUACACCGCCAUCUCUGCGCCACCAGCCUCCGCUGAGCACGAACACUUCCAAGUGUAUCACACGCCCGUGCUCGACUCCAGGUGCAAAGAGAGGAUGUUUCUGCCUCAGAGAUCCAGCUCCCUGGUGGCUCUUUCUAGUUUUCCUGGUGCAGGCAACACCUGGGUACGGCACCUGAUCGAGCUCGUGACCGGCUACUACACUGGCAGCUUCUAUUUCGACGGCACGCUGUACAACAGAGGUUUCAAAGGAGAGAAGGACUACUGGAAGAGCGGCCGCAGCAUCUGCGUCAAGACCCACGAGAGCGGCCAGAAAGAGAUUGAGAUGUUCGACUCCGCCAUCCUGCUCAUUCGGAACCCUUACCGCUCCCUCGUGGCCGAGUUCAACCGCAAGUGCGCCGGACAUUUAGGACACGCCACAGAUGCGCAGUGGAAAAGCAAAGAAUGGCCGGAAUUUGUCUCCAGCUACGCCCCCUGGUGGGCCUCCCACGCUCUGAGCUGGCUGAAGUUUGGACGCCGCCUGCUGGUGGUGCACUACGAGGAGCUGCAGAGGACUCUCCUCCCACAGCUGCGCCUCAUCACGGACUUUUUGAAUGCCACUAUGACCGAGGAGAGGCUGCUUUGUGCCCAGAGCAACCAGGACGGCCAUUUCAAGCGCUCGGGGGCCCCGCGGCCCUCCUUUGACCCAUUCACCACUGACAUGAGACAGAUGAUUGACCCCUUCAUUCGUACUGUUGAUCAGGCGCUGCAGAGCAGGAACCUUAGCAGACUGCCACAGGAGUACCUCCCCAGAUGAUGAUCUGAAAAGGUCAUAACAUUAGUGCUUUAAAUGACUGGUCCAGCGGGGGGUCUGAGAGAGACAAGCUCUUAACAGAGGGCUCUUUGGGGGACAGACUCGUUGAUGUAAGCGGACCACCUGACUCUUAGAUAAGCCAGACGCACUGUGAAGAGUCAGAGUCAUGGAAACACAGCGAAGGUCACUGGAGAAAACAUGACAAUUCAAUGCGAAAUCCAGUGGUGAGCGGCGAUGAAAGCCUCGGGGCACGGACUGCCUCUCCAAUAGCCACAAACACGACGAAUACUCAGAGAGGAUUUGACCUGAUUUGUUGGCCUGCAGAGUUUGGAUUAUCUAGCAAAGUGGCCCGACUGCACAAAUAUGACUGUUUAAAUCCAGGAUGGACUCAAUUUUGGGUUGAAGAGGGUUUUCUGUGGCUUUAUAAUUUCACUUUAGUACAUAUAUUGUGUUUUUAGCAUACAGCAAAGCCAUCUUAAUGAAAACCACAAGUCAUACUAACAUAGAUGACACAACAACAGCAUUAGCAUUAGCCAGGUUCCACUGAUUUUUGGGUGGAAAUCCUCAAAGACUGCACACGGACUCAGACGUAUGUUUUGUGCUUUAUGCUUUAGUUGUAAAGAGAUCCAGCUGUUUCUAUGAGUACUUCAUUUCAUUAAAUACUUUCACUUGUUA